AGGUUGAGUUAUGUCGUUUCUAGAGGAGAUAUCAAAGUUGACGACUGCUGCUCCCUCUAUUGACCCGGAGCUCGUGGGAUUCGCUGAUCAAAGUGCUUUUAUUUCUUCAAAAUCUACCGCGAGACCGUACCACAUACUCGAUGACGCUGAUGUUGGAAAACCAAUAUCACGUGACGAGCUCUUUAAAACAGAUGAGAUAGAUGAAGGGGACGAGGAAGCAGCCCUCUUCUUGUCAAAAGGUUUAGAUGAUCAGAUGAUGGGGUCAGAUGACAGUGACACGGAUGGUGAGAGUGAUGAAGAUGACAUGGUGUCCAGUGAUGGAGAGGAUGGAGAGGAUGGAGAGGAAUCGGGUGAGGGCUACCAGACCGGUGAUUCAGAAGAAGAAGAUGUGGUGGCUGCGGCUGGUGGUGCGGUUGCUGAGGAAGACGGGGAAGAUGAACUUCAGAUGGUUCAGCAGAGAGAUAACUUUUCGGAAGAACAAAAACGAGAUUCAGUCAAGUUCCAGAUUAAUUGUUGGGACAAAUUAGUUCAGCUCAGGCUUAAACUGCAGCCGUGUUUACAGGAGAUAUCAAAACUGCCGCCCCCAGAAAAACGUGUGAAAUACAUGUCAGGAGAGGUGUCACAGUCUCACAGACAGAAGAUCAUGACAAACGUUCAAGGUGCCCUGGACAAGCUUCUAGAUCUUCAAGAACAGCUUAUUGGCUCUAACUCUGAGGUGAAGGCUAUUCAUUCUGGAAAGAAACCUGUGGACGAUGAUGAGAUCCCAUCUGAUACAGACGAGGAAGACGGUGAAGAAGACGAAGAAAAAAUGUCACCGAAGAAACAAAAGCGAAAACGAAAGCAAAAUUCUGAUUAUUAUUUGUCUCACGCUAAAGAAAAUAGUGAAAAGCUUGAACAAUUCAAAUCGGACACAAUUUUGCACUGGUAUGAACAGACAAAAGCAGUGGCAAAGAAGUCGUCAUUCAUGAAUAAGGAAGUCAGUGUUCUUGAUCAAAUUGAUCACAUCCUCUCAAACAAAGAACGAUUGACUACCCGAACAAAUCAAAACCGUAACACUGUCCAUUUCUUUGGAGAAUCAAACACAGAAGCAGAUUCGCAUCCCUAUAUCUUCAAUGACGACGAUUUCUAUCAGCAACUUCUUCGAGAGAUCAUCGACAAAAAGAUGGGAAAUAUCGACAAUAAUGAUCCUGACACUAUGGGUCGCCAGUGGGCAGAACUUCAAAAGCUAAAGGUAAAAACGAAAAAGAAAGCUGUGGAUACAAAAGCGAGCAAAGGCCGGAAGAUUAGGUACGAGGUGCAUUCGAAAUUGUUGGGUUUCAUGGCUCCAGUUUCAUUAGAUUCGUUGAGUGAUGGUCGACAAGACGAACUUUUUAAAUCCUUGUUUGCCUCAAAUUUGUAACGGGUCAUAUCUUUAUAAUUUUAAAAUCUUAUACGACGCAUAGUUGUUUAUUAAGUUAUUAAUAUAUUGACGAAGAACUCAAUGUUUGGUUAUGUGAUUAUAGAUUGCGAUUGAGCAUCAUCUCAUAAUAUCUGAUGAUAUACAUUUUAGUAACGUUCAGUAAUUGUGCUGGUGCCUCAGUUAAACGAAACGAAGUUGUUUUAAUGAUUCUCCAACUUAAUUUAAAAUUCAAACUGACUAAUUUCUUUACGUUAAUACAUUUGUAAGAUAUUACGUUUCUCUAAUACAAUGAUUACCUUACAAGACUUUUUUGUGGCGGACCAAUUUGCGACGACCGAAAUUUUGGCGGUCCGAAAAUAUGGCGAAAUUGAACAAAAACCGUCAAAUUUCGGACGUCACAGAAAAUAAGGGUAUUUUUCAUCAUUUUUUGUGACAGUAAGCAGUAAGGAAAUUUCUGAAAUUCGGCAAAAUCAUGUUCAAACUUAGUCUGUAUUAAGACUGUAAGACUUUCAUGUUAGCACAUACGUGUAUUUUAAUGCAAAUUUAAACUGUAUUGCUUGACAUUCAAUUCGUCAUUGGUGUGGUGAUAAUUUGUCCCAAGAUGCCAGAAUUU